GCCACAUUUCAAGGAGUAAAAUACGCGUUAAGACCACUAAGUCCUAAUUCACAAUUGAAUUCUAAAUCAUUUAAAAAAAUAAAACAUGAAGACGAUGAAAAGUCUGCAACAUACGAUAAAAAAUCAGAUAUUAAUCACCUUGGAAUGUUAUUAUGGGAACUCACGAGCGGAAUUACUCCGGACGAUAAAUUGCUUAAAAUGAACCUUAUUACUAAUACGCCUUCAGAUUAUGCAGAUAUUUACAAUAAAUGUUGUGCUUCUGAUCCAAACCAACGUCCAACACUUGAUAAAAUUGAAUCUGAUCUGAACUUGUUAUCAACAAACGUGACAGUAGAAUUUAUUACAAAUAAUAUUACAAAAUAUUAUCAAAAUACAUUAUCUGAUAACAAGAUUAGUUCAUCUAAAAAUUCAAACGUGGAUAAUCAUUUUAAAGACAAUAAACGUGUUACGGAUAAUCAAGAAAUAACCAUUACCAUCAGAAAUAAUAAUAAUUCAAGCAGGAGCGUUAUUACUCCGACGGCUAUAGGAAAUAUCAGGAAUAAUAAUAAUUCAA